AUGUCGAACCCAGAUUCUCGAUCAUUCAGUUGGCAUUAUACGGAACUCGAUGACAGAGACCUCGAGAUCCGAGGAAGGACUUUGUUCUUCGUCAUCGUACUCUUCUCCAUUAUCCUUCUCGUCACGGUUCUCUUCAUCUACACGCGCUGGGUUUGCCGCUACCAAGGACGCCUUCCCACUACAGCGUUCUCCACCGCCUUUCACGCGCCGCCUCUCCCGCCAUCGCAGGGACUGGACCCCGAAACCAUCAAGAAACUGCCCAUAAUCCUCCACCACGCUCCGUCGGACCGCGACGAAAGCGCGUGGGACGAAACGGAGUGUUGUAUCUGCCUCGGCGAGUUCAGAGACGGCGAGAAAGUGAAGGUUUUACCGGCGUGUGACCAUUAUUUCCAUUGUGAAUGUGUUGACAGGUGGCUCACUCUCUUCUCAAGUUGCCCUCUCUGCAGAGCUUCUCUCAAGGUUGAAUCUUCUUUCCCAAAUAUUUUGAUUCAGGAACCACCCCUCAGAAUUGAUUUCCAAUUGUAG